CAUUUUCGCUACCAGUUUGGUGGGUGUGGCUAGGUGGAGACGUGUGAUGGAGUGGGUGUGGCCAGUUUGACAUCGCACACGCCCACUCAGCAUGGUGAAAUCCAAUUUUUUUUUACUACCGGUUUGGAGGGGCGUGGCUUGGUGGGCGUGGCAGGGGAAGGAUACUGCAAAAUCUCCAUUUCCUCCCCACUCCUGGGGAAAGGAUAUUGCAAAAUCUCCAUUCCCACCCCACUCUGGGGCCAGCCAGAGGUGGGAUUUGCCGGUUCUCCAAACUACUCAAAAUUUCUGCUACCGGUUCUCCGAACUGCUCAAAAUUUCCGCUACCGGUUCUCCAGAACCUGUCAGAACCUGCUGGAUUUCACCCCGCCACUCAGUCACAAGACCCCACCACCACCUAGCCACACCCACAGGAAAAGUCUUCUGGUCUUUGGCAUCCCUCCCUUUUGCAAGGCAUGAACCCCUCCGCCUCGGAGAUGCACCCCUAUGAAUGCAACCAGAAACCCCACUGCUUGUCAGCCAUGGAGCCGGGCCCAUCUUUGGCAGGAGACUGGGGAGCCACCGAGGAGGAAGAGGAGAAGGAGGAAGAGAACAGCCAGUACUUGAACGUGCACAUGCGCCGGUCACGGACAUCGAAGGGAUCCAGUCACAUGUACGAUUCCUUCCGAAGGCAUAGCUGGGAGCCGGGGAAAGUGCUGGAAGAAGACACAGAUUUUGAGCAGCUAAGCUUAAGUUUGAAGGAACUGGCACCUGAUGGACUUGAUUCCACGGAGCAACUGGAUGGGCGUUCCUUGGGAAGGGGAGACUCCCGACGAGCCCCUAUAAUUCAUAGCAACGACGAAAUGGGGUCUCUGCUAUUUCAGGAUGAAGAGGAGGAGGAAGAAGAUGGCCAGGGGAUGUCUCAGGAAUGCUGCAAGAGGAAACAGGUCUACGGCUUGUCUCCGAAUUCUCCCUGUGGUCAUCUGCCCAAGUCUGCAUCCAUGAGUGUCAUCGACAGUUACCCAGAUGAAUAUUCCCUUUAUGGUGAUAACAUCAGUCUAGUCAGUCGCUUCAGCAGUGGGAGCUGCGGGCAGCUGGAUACCAGCACGGUGGAGGCCGACCAUCAGGCUCCCUGGCAGAAGGAAGAGAAUGCCCUGGGUCGCACCCUCAGCUUCUUCAAGAAGAUGACUGGGAAGUCCAAGAAUAAAGAAAAAGAAAGGAUGAAGGAGGGCAAAGACAAGGACGCCCGCUACACCAAUGGUCACCUCUUCACUUCCAUUACGGUCUCUGGCAUGACCAUGUGCUACGCGUGUAACAAGAGCAUCACCGCGAAAGAGGCGCUGAUUUGUCCAACCUGCAAUGUGACCAUCCACAACCGUUGCAAAGACAGUCUCCCCAACUGCACCAAAGUCAAGCAAAAGCAGCAGAAGGCCGCGUUGCUGAAGAACACGUCGGCGUUGCAGACGGUGUCCCUCAGGAAUAAAACUAUCACCAGGGAGCGUCCCAAUUCUGCCAUUUACCCAUCGGAGAGUUUUCGCCAGACCUUGCUGGGAUCUCGCCGAGGCCGCCCCACCUUGUCGCUUUCCAAAAGCGUCUCCACUACAAACAUCGCAGGGACAUUCAACGACGAAUCCCCGCUGGGCAUCCGGAGGAUCCUCUCUCAGUCGACCGACUCCCUGAACAUGCGCAACCGCACCUUGUCCGUAGAAUCCCUGAUUGAUGAAGGAGCUGAAGUCCUUUACAGCCAGUUGAUGAGCGACUUUGAGAUGGACGAGAAGGAUUUUGAGGCGGAUUCCUGGAGCCUGGCCGUGGACAACAGCUUCCUCCAGCAGCACAAGAAAGAAGUCAUGAAGAGGCAAGACGUCAUCUAUGAGCUGAUCCAGACGGAGCUGCAUCACGUCCGCACCCUAAAGAUCAUGACCAACCUCUUCCGCAAGGGGAUGCUGGAAGACCUGCAGAUGGACGCCUCGGUGGUGCAGAGCAUGUUCCCCUGCGUGGAUGAGCUCAGCGAGAUCCAUGACGGCUUCCUGGUCCACCUCUUGGAACGCCGGAAGGAAUCGCUGGCUGACGGCAGCCGCAAGAAUUUUGUGAUCAACCGCCUGGGAGACAUCCUGAUCCAGCAGUUUUCAGGCGCCGCUGCCGAGCAGAUGAAGAAGGCCUACUCAGAGUUCUGCAGCCACCACACCAAAGCCGUCAAGCUUUACAAAGAGCUCUUCACUCGGGACAAGCGGUUCCAGCAAUUCAUCCGGAAAUUGUCACGCUCAGCGGUGCUUCGGCGGCAUGGGAUGCAAGAAUGCAUUCUCCUCGUCACUCAGCGCAUCACCAAAUAUCCUGGGCUCAUCAAUCGAAUCCUGCAAAACUCCAAAGGGAACGAAGUGGAUCAGAAAGACCUGAGCACAGCCUUGUCUCUGGUCAAAGACCUGAUCUCCACCGUCGACCAGGAAGUGCACAAUCAGGAGAAGAACGCGCGGAUGCAGGAAAUCUACAACCGGUUGGACGGGCGGACCAAGGCCCACCUGCCCCGGGAGAGGGGGCCCUUCAGCAAGGAGGAGAUGCUGCGGCGGAAACUGGUCCAUGACGGCUGCAUGCUCUGGAAGACCCCCGCAGGGCGCUUCAAAGAUGUCUUGGUGGUUCUGAUGACAGAUGUUCUCAUUUUUCUGCAAGAGAAGGACCAAAAGUAUAUUUUCCCCACCCUGGACAAGCCAGCAGUCAUUUCCAUCCAGAACCUGAUUGUCCGUGAUAUUGCCAACCAGGAGAAAGGCAUGUUCCUGAUCAGCAACACGCCACCCGAGAUGUACGAGGUUCACGCUGCAUCGCGGGAUGACCGCAACACCUGGAUGAAGGUCAUCCAACAGAGUGUCAAGCUCUGUCCUAACCGGGCUGACUUCCCCUUCAUUGAGACCGAGAGCGAAGCCUCACUCAGGAAGCUGAAAGAUAAGAUUCAGCAGUGCGACCAGGAGAUUGGCGCCCUUCUCAGGGAGAAAACAGAACUCUUCGCGGACCUCGUGGCUCUUCAGAGCGGCAGGGAAGACAGCCCUUCGCCCUGGGUGAACCCCCGCACUCUCUUCCGCACCGAGUCUUCGGACUCCCUGCAUGGCGAGAAACUGAUCCAGGAAGCCAUCAGAGAAGUGGAAGUUUUGAAAGAUCUCGUCAUGGGACCCACCUGGGACUCAGAGCAGAACCACAUGCAGACUCCCAGCAGCUGCUCCAGCCCAAACCCCAGUAAUACCGCAAAUGGGGAGACUGGAAGUAUGAACAACGCUCUUGAGUUUACCAGAGUCGAGGCUGGUUCAAACCAUCGGGAUGGAAACGGCAACCAGUUGCAGGCCAAAGGAGUGCAGGAGGAGAUGCUGCAGCGCCUCAAGAGCCUCUAUUCUCUACUCCAUGGACUGCAGGGCGCCGUAGCGCAUCAGGACUCCCUGCUGGCCUUCCAGGCGCAGGAGGGCGGGGAAUGGCGGGAACGGCUGAGCCGCAGCAACUCCUGCAAAGAGGCUCCCGCGACCGACCAGCAAAGCACGGAGCUCUCGCUCCUGCAGAAGCAGCACGCCCUCUUGCAGCAGGAGCUGAACCGCUGCCGGCAGCUAGGCCAGGAGAAGGCCCAAGAGGUGGCUGCCCUGGAGGCCCGGCUGAGGGAGAGCGAGGGCGAGAGACAGCGGCUGGAGCGAGAGGUGGACGAGGCCCGGAGGCAGCUGGCCGCUGGCCCCCGGUUGUCCAUGGAAGCCGUCUGGAUUCGGAAGGGAGCUGAGCCCCGGAGGCGCAGUUUGCCUGCCGGAGAUGCCUUGUACCAAAGUUUCACCCCUCCUCCACAGAACCGAGUCGGAGAGCCCCUCUCGCCCGGCUGCCACUCCCUGCACCGGACCUUCCCCAGCGGCCAGCGGGAUGAGGUGGCCUUCGCUGGCCGACUGCAGGAGGAGGCAGAGGAACAGCUGCAGGUGCUGAUGGAGGAGGAGGGCCUGGGCAACUCCCGCUCUCCCCCCUCCAGCCCCAGAGAUUUCCUGAGGAUGCAGGAUAUUCCAGAAGAGGUGGAGAGCAUCCACGAAGCCAACGCUGGUGACGGAGACCUCCUGGGCAGUUAGAUGGUGCCAGGUGCCAUGAGCCACCGAGGACCGCCUUCCCCCCUGCCCAUCCCAUCCCUCCCUUUUCUUUGAUCGAAGCCACACCCGCCAGGGUGUUUCAGGGACUCGGAAGACCACCCCAUGUGAACUCUGGGCUGGACUGGGGGAGGGAGAGGGAGGGAGGGUCGAAGAAACACGUGUCCCAAGAGCGGGUGGAAGGGCAGCCCCACUGAGCUGCACAUCCCCAGGGACCGUCGCCAAUGGACGGGCUGUUGACCUUGGCCAACGAAACGGGGCGGUAGGAACCUUCCUUUCUCUGGCUCGUGUUGCUGGGUUUGAGGCGGGCGCUUUCUGGGGCCCAUAAAGGCCGCCGGACCCGGUGCGUUCGGGGCCGAUCGGGGCCCUAACCCACUCCUACUGUACUUCCUGCAGUUUAAACUUUUUAUUUAUUUUGGAAACGGGUGGAAGCUAGCUCGACCCAUCCUGAUGGAAGAUAUUUUAAAUUAUUGUUAUUUUUUUUUUUAAAGUUGUCUCUGCUUUUGUUUAACACUUUCAGGGGGGGGUCCCUAUGAGCAUUCAGGGCAGGAAAGUAGUGAGAUUGCUGGUCAGCCCCUUGGCCUUGAAAGGAGAAGACAAGUUGACCAAGAAGGACCUUCCAAGAUCCUUCAAAUAUGCGACUCGGUCAACCCUGAGGCUCUGGAUAUAUUUUUUUUAUAUAUAUAUUUUUCAGCUUCACAAGCUGCUCUCCUGCUGGUCAGCCUUGUUUAGUUGAGGAAGUUUUUUCCCUUUUUGAAAUCCGGUGUUUCCCACAAAAAGAAGGAAUUUUGACUGAUUUCUCGCUCUUCCCCCAAGAGAGAGAUUGGUUUGCAAACACCCAAUUCUGACUUCUUACCCACAGCAGAAACUUGAUUAGCGUUAAGGCAAGGGCCUCUUCUUUUCAAUCUACUAAAUCUUAACUAAAUGGGUUUUGGGGAAGAAAAAUAGAUUUGGGGUCUGCAGAAAAAUGCAAGUGUUCUACCAACAAACAUUCCAUACCUGUGUGGACACAAUGUCAUCGUAUAUGACCGGUUAAAAAUCAAAAAGGUGGAGAUAUAUAUAUUUUUGUGCAAAGCUAAAUUGCGAUGAAGCCAUUCUUACCACCAGGCAGGAAGGAAAUAUUUUCUUGUUUCCAAGCCUUAUGCCCUCCAACUAUGUGUAUCGUUGGGUUUGCAGAACAAUAUCUCUGUUUGGGAAUUUAGAUUGUGCUAUGAAAAUUCAGAGUCUGGUUUUUUUUAAUUGGAGGAGGGGAGAGACCAGGAGCAAAGCCACAAUUUUCAGGGUUUUUUUUUAAACCAAAGCUUUAGUGGGCUUUUUUUUUUUCCAUUAAAAAUACGUAUCAGGGGAAAAAAAACAUCAGGGAUUAGAAAUUGACUUUGAAAUUGGCCUGAUUUCUAGCUUGAUUGGAAACUUAGCUAGAUGUGAUGGUUAUCAUUGCUAUUAUUUUUUACAUUGCCAUUGACACAACUUGCACACCCACUGAGCGUGGGUAGCCCGAGGCCCUUUUCUAAAGACCAACUUUUCUAAAAAAAAACAAAAACUAAUUUUCCUAAAUUUGGUUUUGAUCAUUCCUUGAGACGAUUAUUCCUGAGAAGAAAUUCUCCCUCUGGGAGAAAUGAAAAAUAAAUGAAGGAAUUGUGCAAAUCGGAAACAGAGGUCUCUUUCUCUCGUCCUUGUACAAUUAAAAAAAAAAAUUCACCACUUUUCUUUACAACUUUAAGACUUGUGGACUUCAGUCAGCUUUGCUGGCUGAGGUAUUCUGGGAGUUGAAGUCCACAAGUCUUAAAGUUGCCAACGUUGGAGACCCCUGCUCUAAGUUGCUAUUUCGGUCAAUUCCAUCUCAAUUUCUGCCGAGAAUAAAUGUGUGAAAAAAGAAAAAAACUCAGCUUGGUUGUUAGAAAUUGUCCAGGGCUCCUUACAGGUCACUCUUCAGAUGGCCAGAAACUCCCCAACAACCUUUAAUUAUAGAAACACCCUCCAAUCCGUAUUUCUCUCGCUUUAGCCAUUUUUUAAAAAUUCCUUUUCAACCCUUAAAAAGAGAUUUUCUUUUACUGAUUAAAAAAAAAAUACAAAAACCCUCCUGCGAUUCUGACCAGUAACACCUCUUAACAGAAAAGGUUUAAAAAAGAAAAGAAAAAAGAAAAGAAAAGAAAAGAAUGUGCCACGAAGGACUUUUUUUUUUUAAAUAACAAAGGAGAGUGAAUUUUUUUUUAUAAAUGUAUAUGAAGAUUUAAAAAAAAUGGUUUAUUGUUUUCCUGUUGAUUUAACUUGUAAAAGAAAAAGGGGACCAGAAAAGUUUAAUUAAAGAUAUCAAAACUGA